GCCGAGAACUUUCGUUCAGCUGUUGUCAUACGAGCAUGGAGAAAGAAGAUUGCGAAGCGAUGUCCUCCAAAGGACGCGAAACUCCAAGGCUAAACAUGGAACACGGUUUUAUGCAAUCUAUAAUAAGAAAUCAAGUAGACAGAGAUGAGUACGACAAAGAACAGAAGCUUUUAAAGUUGCAAAACAAGCCGAGCGGGUCAUCUCGAAGAGAAAGGCCGAAAAGAGCGGAUAUGCAAGUUUACGUUCCUCCACAUUUGAGACAGAAAGGCUCACAGAAAGAGAAAGAACAGGGAACUGCGCAUGCUAGUAAGCUCACAUCAACUUCUCCAAGUGCAGCUUCAACAACAGAGGACUGGGAAACAGAGGAAAAACCUGCCUCGAUCCAGAUGAAGCUUGAAUUUGUUAGACAGGAUGGGAAAGUAUGCAAAUUAGACAUAUGUGAGGGAGAAGAUCUGAAGAAAGUGGUGGGCAGUUUUGGCUGCGCCAAUGGCCUAGAUGCCCGACUGAGAGAUGCCCUGUAUCAUCGUGUUUCCACAGCUUUGAAGGAGAGAGCAGUGUAAUGGCAGUUACACCUCUAAAGUAAUCAAUUCAUAUUGAAUAAACUUCCUGAUACUUUACGUUAAUACAUACUUUGAAGUUCAUAAACUUUCUGACAAAGUCAGCUUGUUUGAUUAUAUGAUAUGCAGAAGCUCAACACAUGAAUAUACUUAAUCUUUGUUGUAUAGUCUCCAUAUGACACAUUAAGUUUAGACUUUAUCAAUAGGGUUUUUUUUUCUAAUAGCUUUCUCCAAGUUUUAGGGGGGUGGGUUGGAAGAAGUUAAAACAGUUGCAAACCUUGGAGGCAGUCAGAAGUUUUUAUCACUCUUGAUGAUUUGAGUUGAGUAUUUGAUGAGGCUUUUUAAAAUAAAUGGCAAGAUACCUUUAUAGGGUUUUAGAAACAUUUCUCAAAAACGUGUUCACCUACUCACUCUUGUCUUAACACACCUAUUGCUCAGUGAGAGCUUGUGUAUUAUCUCGAAUAAUCUAUGAAUGUAAUUGGAAUAAGUUGUGUUGAGGAAAUUUUAUAAAAUUGUCGUCUUUUGAAAGUAUUUAUAUGUAAAUAUGCAGAUAAGAUUAUGACUUGGAGGUUUGAUGAAUUAUGCUUGUGUUGUACAGAGUUAUAUUUUUAUAAUAUAUUAUAUCAAAUAAAUGAUGUUUCUAUUAAAGGUUUUAUUGUUGCAUCG